AUGGGCGGCGGGGCUCGGGAGCUGUGCGGGUACCUGGCGGCGCUGGGCGGGUGGGUGUCGGCGCUGGCGGCCGCGGUGCUGCCGCAGUGGCGGCAGAGCUCGUACGCCGGGGACGCCAUCAUCACGGCCGUGGGGCUCCACGAGGGGCUGUGGAUGAGCUGCGCCGCCCAGAGCACCGGGCAGGUCCAGUGCCGCCUGCACGACUCGCUGCUCUCCCUCGACGUUCACAUCCAGACCUCCCGGGCUCUCAUGGUCAUUUCUCUCCUCCUGGGCUUCUUCGGCAUCAUCGUCAGCGUGGUGGGCAUGAAAUGCACUAAAGUUGGGGAGGAGGAUCCUGUCACCAAAAGCCGCAUAGCUGUUGCUGGGGGUGUCCUCUUCAUCCUCUCUGGUCUGUGCUCUCUGGCUGCCGUGUCCCUGUACGCAACACAGGUGACCUACGAGUUCUUCAGAGAGAGCGCCGUCCCCAUCAACGCCAGGUACGAGUUUGGCUCUGCUCUCUUCGUUGGCUGGGGGGCCGCCGGCCUCUCCAUGCUGGGGGGGUCCCUCCUGUGCUGCUCCUGCCCUGCCAAGGAGCGCCGAGGGCAGCAGUACCAGCAGCAGUACCACCGGCAGUCACAGCCCUCCACCUCCCGGGAGUAUGUCUGAGCCCUCACCCUGCCCUCCCACCGCCUGGAGCCUCCCUCCCCUCCCAAAAACAGGCAAGACCCCGGUGCUCCCACCACACCUGGUCCCCUGAACGCUCCACGAGACCUUCCUCCUCCUCCUCAUCUUCCAGUUUUCGGCGCCGUUUGCGGUGCCAGCCUCUAAAAUAGAGGUUUUGAGGGGCACAGCUCCCACAUCCAUCACUGCCACGGGCCCCUCAGGUGGGCAGGGUGGCACCCCAGGUCCCCUGGGGUUGCUGGGCCGUGUCCACCCAUCACAGGGAUGCUGCAGGGGCGAUGGGGGGAGGCUGAUGCCAGUGCCACGGGGGCACAAAGCCCAUCCCACGGGGACGUGCUGCACAGAAGCACUUUGUGCCAUGACCACCCCUCUCCCACAUCCUGUUUUCGGGAGCAAGUGGGGAGCGAAGCCAGUGCUUGGUUUUCCUGAGGUGAGGUUUUCACCUCCAACAGCCCCAGCCCGACUCAGGGCUCCAGCAUUCCCAUGCCCUGCUUUUGGCAGAGGGAUGCUCCCAGUGCGCAGCGUUCCUCCGCCUCAUUGCUACCUGAACCCAACGGUUUUAAAAAUUAUUAUUAAUUAUUACUAAUUCCUGCCUGGAGGCCAGUUGCUCCAGCUGAGCUCUGCCAGACAAAAAACUGCCCUGGGCUCGUUCCUUCCUAGGACCAGCCUGUGCCUUGUUAAACAGAAGAAUAAAUGGGUUUGGGCAAAUUAAAGCAGC